AACUACAUUUCCCGGUGAGAGAGCGGCUCCGGCCGGUCGCGCCGUACCGGAGCGUCGCACUGUUAGCGGCCAGAGAGCCUGGGAGGGGCAGAUCGAAAAGGGAGUACUUCUGCCCUGGUCUCCGUGCUCUGGCGGUGCAAGAGGCUCUGCUUUCCCUCGCCCCGCCGUCGGGUGCCCCCUGCCCGCCUCCUCGUGUCAGCUUUUCCUGGGCCCCGCCAGGAAAGUCUGGGCGUGGAAAUUCGGAGGCAGCGGCGGCUGCCCAGCACGGGAGUGUGGGGCGCGCCCCUCAGCGGCCCAGCCUACAGAGGGUCCGGCCCGCGCCUCCAUGGGCCCGACCCGGAAGCCCAACGUGUGCCGCCGGCUGAGUCGCCGGGCUCUGGGCUGCUUCUCGCGCGACGCAGGCGUGGUGCAGAGGACCAACCUGGGCAUCCUGAGGGCGCUGGUGUGCCAGGAAAGUACUAAAUUUAAGAAUGUUUGGACAACUCAUUCCAGGUCACCUAUAGCCUAUGAGAGAGGAAGAAUAUAUUUUGACAAUUAUCGGCGCUGUGUCAGCAGUGUUGCAUCUGAGCCAAGAAAACUUUAUGAAAUGCCAAAAUGUUCCAAAUCAGAAAAAAUAGAGGAUGCUUUAUUAUGGGAAUGCCCAGUGGGAGAUAUACUUCCCAAUUCAUCAGAUUAUAAGUCCUCACUCAUAGCACUGACUGCUCAUAAUUGGCUACUUCGUAUAUCAGCAACUACGGGAAAAAUCCUUGAGAAAAUAUAUCUUGCACCUUAUUGCAAAUUCAGAUACUUGAGCUGGGACACUCCUCAAGAAAUCAUUGCAGUUAAGUCAGCUCAGAACAGAGGCUCAGCAGUGGCCCGGCAGGCAGGCAUUCAACAACCUGUUUUGCUGUACCUUGCAGUGUUCCGAGUUCUACCUUUUUCACUUGUAGGGAUUCUAGAGAUCAAUAAAAAGAUUUUUGGGAACGUUACAGACGCUACCUUGUCUCAUGGAAUACUGAUUGUGAUGUACAGCUCAGGACUGGUCAGACUCUAUAGCUUCCAAACCAUCGCUGAACAGUUCAUGCAACAGAAACUUGACUUAGGGUGUGCAUGCAGAUGGGGUGGGACUACUGGAACUGUAGGAGAGGCUCCUUUUGGCAUUCCUUGUAAUAUUAAAAUCACAGACCUACCACCACUGCUCUUUGAGGUGUCAUCCCUGGAGAAUGCUUUUCAGAUUGGAGGCCAUCCUUGGCACUACAUCAUCACACCUAAUAAGAGGAAACAGAAAGGAGUUUUCCAUAUUUGUGCCCUAAAAGACAAUUGCCUGGCAAAAAACGGGAUCCAGGAAAUGGAUUGCUGUUCUCUAGAAUCUGACUGGAUCUAUUUCCAUCCUGAUGCUUCUGGUAGAAUAAUACAUGUUGGCCCAAAUCAAGUCAAAGUUUUGAAGCUGACUGAAAUAGAAAAUAAUAGUUUUCAGCAUCAGAUCUCUGAAGAUUUUGUCAUUUUGGCCAACAGGGAGAACAAUAAAAAUGAAAAUGUACUCACUGUUACAGCUUCUGGACGGGUGGUAAAAAAAAGUUUUAACCUUCUGGAUGAUGACCCAGAACAAGAGACUUUCAAAAUUGUGGACUAUGAAGAUGAGUUAGAUUUGCUUUCUGUGGUAGCUGUUACUCAAAUCGACGCUGAAGGAAAAGCUCACCUGGAUUUCCACUGUAAUGAAUAUGGAACUUUACUUAAAAGCAUUCCACUAGUGGAGUCAUGGGAUGUGACAUACAGCCAUGAAGUCUACUUUGACAGAGACUUAGUGCUACACAUAGAGCAGAAACCCAACAGAGUCUUCAGCUGCUAUGUUUACCAGAUGGUAUGUAACACUGCGGAAGAAGAAGAAACCAUAAACAGAAGCUGUUAAAAAGAGUGAGAUAAUUGUAACCUAGAGACUUUAAGCCAAACACCCCAGCAGCUGUGUCCAAUCCAUUUUAUUAUCUGCAUGGCACAUUCUCCAAUAUUUUCCAAAAAAGUCUUGUGUUGACUUCAGAUGACUAUGACUUCUUUUUUAAACUCUUCCUAUAAAAGAUGGUGAGGACCUCAUUUUUUGUAAAGGUUUUUUAGAAUACUGUUCCAAGAAGUUUAGUGUUUUGCAGCUUUGAGCUAGGUGGUAAUGCAAAUAUAAAAUGCUGGGAAAAGAAAAGGACAGGUUAAUUCCAAUUGUUGAGGAGUAAGUCAUUGAUGGGAUGGGUCAUUGAUGGGUUCUUAAAGGAUGGUUUGGAAUUUUGUUUGUUAAGGCUAGGAAAGACAGGGAGAGACAAAAGUAAACAUGCAGAGAGAAACCACAUAUCCUCUAUACCAAACUUUGCUUAAGGAUGAGAAAUGAGAUGUGUUAUGUGAGAACAUUAUUUUGAGCCCAAAAUGUGUCAUCACAGUUUUUUAAAAUCUUAUACAUGUAUUUAUAUGUGUUUUGUAUUUGUAUAUGUAGUAUCAGGAAUUGGUUCUAGUUCCCAAAUUAUCUUUUCUUCCUUGGUUUUGUUCUCCUGGCUUGAUGUUCACAUUGAAUAGUUGUGUUUCUAUAUAGACUAAUGUAAAAGAUUCCAAGCAAACCUUAAGUGAAAUGUUUUUCUGAUAUGCAUCCUGUUUAGCUUUUAAUGUAUCUAAGGAUGUUCUCAUCUCACCAUUCUAUUCAUUUAGUGAGUUUUCUGAUCUUAAAUGUUUAGGCAAUAUUUUCAUACUUACGCAGUAAGAUAAAGGUACCCUUGCCUGCACUAGUUCUGUUUCCUGUAGAAGAGUAGAUAAGGUCCCAGGAGGAGUUCUUACUAGCUUGGGGGUUGCCUGAUUAACCAGAGAAAAUUUUUGGCUUACUUAUGAAACAAGCAUUAUUUCUUCUUUGUUAGGAAAGAUCUAAAUAUGAUCCUUGAACCUUAAUAAUCAUUCUUUAAAAAAUUAAAGGCAACCCAAUUAAAGGGAGAAAAUGUUUCUUUGUGCUUCCUGUUUGAGAAAUUCAGUUGCUUCCAUUUCGCAUGUUCUGCACAUUUAUCUCAUUUAACCUCAAAAGAAUAACUAGUAAUAAGGAAUUUAUUACAGCAGCAACAAUCAUUGCUGAUUCAAGUUUAAGGUUAAAAUAUGGAAUUUUAGCUUGGAUGAUUUACAUUAAAAUCUUUCCAUUUUUUUCUUCAGUUUUGGCUUGAUGCCAUGUUAAGAAUGAUGUGAAUUCUUCCCAGUUCUGCGCUGGUGCUAGACAUUGCCCCAUACUUUCAGUUAGACACUAGCUAUAUCUAAAUAGUCCCACUCAGUAAACUUACAUCUUGAAAAACAAGACCAGUAAGAGGACAGGGAAAGUACUAAAGAAAGGAACCAAUGUUGUGUGAGUUUCAAAGCAGAUGCAAGGCUGUGUAAAAGUAGAAUGUUCAUUCUCCAUUUCCAAGAGUGUUUCAGGAUAGGACGUCUUAAGACUUCAAUCAUGUC